UAGGGUUUAAGAGGCAAACCCUUGUUCCAAACAGAACAGAAACCUUAACUCACAUACAGAAGGGGAAAGAAAAAAAAACAAACUUUAUAUAGUAGCGAUAAAAUUGUCUCUGUUUUUUAGUUAUGAAAUUUCAUUGCAACAUAGACUCUCCUCUCCCAAAAUCCAAACUUAAAAAUGGUGGGGUUUGUAUUUGAGCCCUCAACUACUGAAGAAGAGAACAACCAAGUUUCAAAAGCUAGAAACUCUAAAGACCCAAUUCAACCUUUUGAUCAAAAGCUCACAAAUUUCGCUGAUUAUUUUCUUGAUUUUGAUUCCAUAGAGGAGUUUUUUGGGGACCCAGAAGGGGUUAGUUUGGAUUUUGAGAAGAGAAUGCAGGUGGAGGAUAAACGGUUUGUUGUUAAAGAUUUAACUGUUGAUGGGUCUGAUUUAGUUUUUGAAGAGAAGAAGGGAAUUGUUGAUGGGUCUGAUUUGGAAGGUUUAAUGAAGGUGAAGGGAGAAAGAGUGGAGCUUGAAAGAGGAGGGAGUUUGGAGUGUUCUAUUGAGGAAGAGAUGGGAAGGGUUAGUUUGGUUGCCGUGUCGAGUUUAGUUGUUGCUGAUGGGGGUGGAAAAGUGGUGGGUGAAGACGCAGAGAUAGAUAAUGGUGGUUUGAUAAAUGGGUCGGGUUCGGAUAUUGGUAAUGGUAUUGUUGUGAAUGGAAAAGUGGUGAAUGAUGAGGACGAGAGAGAAAGUGAAAGUAGUGAGUCUGAGUCAGAGAGUGAAAGUAUUGAGUCUUCUAGUAGUAGUGAUGAUGAUGGUGAAGAGGACAGUGAGGAAGAGAAGCAGGAGGAGAGGGAAGUUAGGGAGGUAGUAAAUAAAGAGUUAGAUGAUUUGGGUGACAUGGAAGAAGGUGAGAUAAGGAAUGUUAAUGGAGAGGAAAUGGUUGGUAGGGAUGAUACUGAUGUUGAAGUGUUUGAGGAGGAGGAUGGAGACAAGAUGGUUGAGUGGAGUGAUUUUGAUGAAGAUGAGGAUGCUGUUAAUGAAGGAUACCCUAUUAGGUCGAAGAACGAACUCAAGUUUCUCCCUCCAGUUCCUCCAGUGGUUGCUUCCUUGGAACCACAUCAUCAGAUGCAGGCUGUUGGAGCUGUUUUGUCGGCUAUAGGUUCCCAGGUUAUAGUAGAAGGGGUGGAAAAGCACAACCCUUUGAAUGAGGGUUCUAUCCUUUGGAUAACUGAAAAGAGAUCCCCAUUGGGGUUGAUAGAUGAGAUUUUUGGACCUGUCAAGAACCCAUACUAUGUGGUGAGAUACAAUUCAGAGAGUGAAGUCCCUGGAGGGAUCCACAAUGGUACUGUGAUAUCUUUUGUUCCUGAGUUUGCCAAUCAUGUGCUCAAUGACAAGAAUCUUUACAAGAAAGGGUAUGAUGCAUCUGGUGAAUACGAUGAAGAGCUAACUAAGGAGGCAGAAUUUUCAGAUGAUGAGGAAGAGGCAGAGUACAAGAGGAUGUUAAAAAUGUCCAAGAGGGGAAUAGAUUGUGAGACGGUUGGAAAAAAGAAAAACAACAGAAGGAAGGUGAAAAAUAGGGGGGGUGGUUGGAAGAGCAAUAAACCUUCAGGGGAGCAAAUACCUACUGGUGUAGAUCAGCUAUCACCCCAUCAAAAUUUGUUCAAUUUGAUCAAUGAAUCUUCUGUUGGAACAUCAUUUGCUCCAGGGCCACAGACAACUGGUGUUUUUACUCCAAAUGGUGUAUGGGUGAAUGAGGGGCCUCCUCAUCAGCCAGUGACUUUAGCAAUUCCAGGUGGAUUUCCAGCUAAUAAUAUGCCUUGGGCUGCAAGGAGUCAACUUCAGCAUCCCUAUCAUAUACCUAAGGCAAUUGGCAUGCCAAUUCAGCCACAGUUCAAUCCUUGUCAGGGACCACUUCCUAAUGCUUUCUUCCCAGGCGGACAUCCAAAUUUCUUUGCUGGACCUACAUAUCCUCCAUCAUGGCCUGCGGUUGGAGGGCAAAACUACUUUAACCAAGCUGCAUUUGGAACAGGAUUUCAGGUUCAACCUAAUCCCCAAGCUAUGAAUACAAUAGAACAAGGAAUGAUGUCCAGAGGACUGCCUUUAGAACAGAACUGCAGUUUUCAAUCACCAGCCAUCCCUCCUGGCAACAUAAAAGCUCCUCAGCAAUUCAACAUGGGAGCCUCUUCCAGCCAUGGAAGGAAACCUUAUCGAAGAGGGGGUGGUCGUUUUUCAGGUGGAAGAGGCAGGCAGCCAUCAAACUAAUUUUUGUCUAUAACGAGCUGUAACUUAAAAUAGGCUUUGACUGAGUGGACCAGCAAUGUUCUGCAGACCUGCCUACUUUUUGUAAAUUAUCUCACAUUGAUGUCUGUGUUAAAGAAAAUGUUUGCUACAUUGCUUUUC